AUGGCCCCGAAGGUCCUCCCCUCCGCACCGGACGGCGCGCUUGCGCACUACGAGAUGGGCGAGCGGCUCGGGAAAGGCUCUUUCGGCGUGGUGCACGAGUGCCGCAACCGCCACACGGGUUUCCAAUACGCGUGCAAGAUCAUCGACAAGAAACAACUGCGCGACGACGCCGACGCGGAGGACGUGCGCCGCGAAGUGCGCCUCCUGGCGCGGCUCGCCGGCCACCCGAACGUCGUUGAGCUACAAGACGUGUACGAGGACGACGGCCACGUGUACUUAAUCAUGGAGCUCUGUUCCGGCGGGGAUCUGUUCGACGAGAUUAAGCGGCACGGGCCGUUCGCGGAGGAGGACGCGCGCGCGAUUUUCCGCCAGCUCGCGACGUCCAUGGCGUAUUGCCACGCGCAGGGCAUCAUGCAUCGGGAUAUCAAGCCGGAGAACGUGCUUCUGCUCGCGCCCACUGGGCGCCCGCCGGUCACGCCGCAGCCUGCGCUAGGAAGGGAGCAGGCUGGAGCGGAUAGCAAGGGGAAGGCGGAGGGAACGGCUGUAGGUUCCGCGCAAGGGCAAGAGCAGGGGCAGGGGAAGGGACACGGGCACGGGCAGAGUCCUAGUCAGGCACUGGGGCCCGUGAUUCGACACUUGAACCUCGGUUUCCUCGGUUCGUCGGCUCCCGUGCCGAUGGCGCGAGGCGGAGUGGCGAAACUCGCCGAUUUCGGGCUGGCGAUGGAGUUACCACCAGGGGAGUCCGCGGCGGGGCUUACGGGCAGCAGGUACUACACGGCGCCGGAAAUGGUGCGCGGGAGGCGGUACGGGAAGCGCGCCGAUGUAUGGUCCAUGGGCGUCGUGCUGUGCACGUUGCUCACGGGACGCCUGCCGUUUGCAGGUAAGACGCAUAACGACGACGAGGGCUUGCGGAAGUCAAUCCUCCGCGGGGCGAUCAAUUUCGAAGCGGCCGUCUGGCGGAGCGUCUCGCCGUUAGCUCGCGAUCUCGUCCGGCAGAUGCUGACGGUCGACCCGCGCUGCCGGCUGAAAGCGAAGCACGUGGUUGACCAUCCAUGGCUGCUGUCUGUUGCCUGUCCCCCGCGACUCACGUCGACAUCCCUUGUGCCGAAAGGAAGGGGGAUACCCCUUUCGGAGCUCUGCAACAGCGCGGCGCUUGCGGCUGCGGCGGCGGCGGCGGCGGGAUUGAUGAUUGCGGAGGCUGGGGCGGGGUUAGAACCGGAAGGGGCGAAGGCAGGCGCAAAGGUGGCGGAUGAGGGGACGGAUUUGACGGGAAGCGAGAAGGAAAGCCAUUUCGCAAAGGUGGUUCCCGAAGUGUCUGGUGCUGCUCCUGUCCUUGCGGGGACAAACGCAGCGGCGAAUGCUGUUGCCGCGUGGCAGGAGGAGGAGCAGCAGCAGCACAGGCAGAAGCUACAGCAGCAGCUGAAACAGCUGCGGGCGCGCAAGGAGAAACACCACCAUCAUCAUCAGCAGCAGCAGCAGUCACGGUCCCCAGCUGGCUCACCGAAAAAGGUUGUGCCUAUUCUCCCGCCACCUCCCGUUCUCGUCCCCGCAAGUCCCGGCUCCCCCAGUGGCUCCGAAGGAAGCGCGGGUGAGGACGACGACGACGGCUCGUAUUCGCCGGACUACGGACCAAUCGGAAGCAUCCCUCCGUCGCCUCCGGGCGAGCCGCUCCCCAUGCCCAGCCGCCCCUGCUCCCCCCUUCCCGGGCGCAACUCCCGCUCGCGCAAGCCAGGCACGCCCAGGAGCUUCCGCCGCGCGCUGUUUCCGCCAGGAGGGGGGUCUGGCGCAGCGGCGGGAGUUGGCGGGUCAACGCGGGGCGGAGGGAAGGUGGGUGCGGGGGCUAGCGGAGGGCCUGUGCGGGGCGCGGGGAUGGUUGGUGCUGGCGGUGCUGGUGGUGGUGGCGGUGCUGGCGAUGGUGGUGGAGGGGGAGGGGGCGUUUCAGGUUCUUGGCUUGUGCCAAACACCCCCCCUGCUGCGUCGUCACCCUUGGUUCUCAGGCUGCUGGGUUCGGGUCAGGGUAAAGGUGCAGGAGCAGCAACGGGACGGCAGGGAGUGGGCGCAGGUGCAGUGGCAGGAGCGGGAAGAGAUCGGGGGGGAGCAGCAGCGGGUAGAGAGCGAGUGGAAGGUGCCAGUGAAAUCAAGCUAAGCUCAGCAGCGGCUGCUGCUGCUGUGGAAAAUGCCAUUGCGGUGGUAGAAAGUUCCAUUGCGGUGGGAGGGAUGGAAGGAGGAGACGUGGGAGGGGCAGGGAAGGCAGCAGGGGAGGUGGGAGUGGGGUGCACCAGUGCUGCUUCUGGGUCGGAGACUGGUGGUUUGUCUGGAUGGCUGGCAGGGGAGGAGAUGGCGAUGCUGCGAGCUCUGGAGGAGAGACUGAGCAGGCUCGAGGCAUGCAGGGCCAUGUUCAUGCCUCCUGCUGUUGCUGUUGCUGCUACUGCAGCAGCAGCAGCAGCAGCAGCAGCAAUAGCAGCCAUGGCUCUCGGACCAUCCGAUGCAUCUCCUCCUCCUCCCUCCCACACUUCCCCCACGCACUCCUCUAUCGAUUCCCCCGGUCCUCCGCCCUCCGCCGUUCCCCCUGGCGACAGCACCUCCGCUCCUUCCGCGCUGCCUCACAGCCCGGACGCAGCCAAUGGGAGCGACAAGGAGGAUGAUAUGGUGCUACAGCCGUUGGUAGACUAUGGUAAUAUGGACGACUGGGAUGAGGAUGCUGACGUGGAGGAUGAGCUCCUAAGGCCAGCUGUUGAACGGGUUAGCGAUUCGCCCUCCCGCCCUCCUCAUUCCCCGUUGCCUGCUGCGGAAACGAAAAGGGGAGAAGGGAAGGGGAGGAAAGGGGAAGAUGGGGAGAGGGAGGAAGGUGCGAAGAAGGGCGGAGAGGAGCGGGGCGAGGGAGAGGAGGGUGAGAAGGACGAGGAGAGGAGAAUCAGCGAAGCGGAGGGGAGGAGUGGCGGUGAAUGGAGAGCGGAGAGGGACAGAGGAGACAGAGGGGAGAGAGUGCAUCAAGUGGAUGAGUUUGGAAGAGUCGUGCGGAAGGGAGAGGGGAGAGCAGGAGCAGGGGGAAGGGCAGAAGGAGAAGCAGGAGCAGGAGCAGGAGUCGGAGCAGGAGCAGAGGGAGAGGGAGAGGGAGGAGUAGAAGCAGAAGCAGGAGCCGAGGGCGCGAUGCUGGUGGGGAGGAGAGAGGGAGGCAAGGCGGCUCACCUGAUGGCAGCAGCAGGAGAAGGUCUGUUCGCUCUCCCUCUCAUUCCCCCUUCCCCCGCCCAACCGCCCACUCCUCCUGCCGUCUCUUUUUCUCUCGAAUGGUCUUCUAUUUCUAUCUCUCUCUUUCGCACGCACAUCCUCGCCCUUACCUCUGGCAACCUGCUCUCUCUGCUCUCCCUUCAUGACACCUCCCUCCCAUCCUCCCUCCCCUCGCCAUCUGUCUGCGGGCUCCGCGUUCGGUUCUUUAUUGUCCGCUGCACCUGUCCCCCUUCCCAGUCCAUCUCUGUCCGCCGUAGCAUCUGCGCCCGCUCAGGCAUAUACCCCCUCACCCCCCUCCCCCUUCCCCCCCCCCCUCCCCCUCCCCACCCCCCACUCACAUCUCCGGCCCCUUUCUCCGCUUGUGUCUCCCCUCCGCUCCCUUCCCGCCUCAGCCCUUCCUCCCAUGGCAGUCGGCCCCGGGAGGGGAGGGCGCGGGGAGGAGGAACGCGCGUUUCGCGCUGGGGUGAGGGUUGCGGGGAGCAGCCUAAGGAGCAGGGGAAGGAGCAGCAGAAGGAUCAGGAGCAGAACGAGGAGCAGGGUCGGGACGAGAGUCGGUGGGAGGAGGGCAGGUGGGAUGAGGAAGAGGAUGAGGAGCGGGCGCAGAGGGGAGGGAGAGGCAGGAGGGAGGGGGAAGAGGAUGACAGGAGGGAAAGGCUUGAGAGGGGGAGGAGGGAAGGAUGGGAAAGUAAGGAAGGGCGGCGGGAAUGGAAAGGCAGCCAACGGGAAGACAGAAAUGAGCGGGGAAGGGAGAGGGAGAGGGAGAGGGGGAGGGAGAGGGAGAGGCAUAUGGAGAAGGGGGAGGAGUGGGAGAAGGAGCAAAGAGGAGGGUCAGAGAGGGAUAGGAGGGAUGGUGGGAGAGAGUGGGGAAGUGCAGGAAGAGAGAGGGAAGAAGGUGGAAGAGGACGAGAGGGGAGGAGAUCUGGGGACAGUGACAGGGACGGAGAGUGUUGGAAAGAAGGGCAACUGAACGGGAGGGAAAGGCGGAGAGAAGGGGGGAGAGAAGCAGGGAGAGGGCAGUCCAGUGGUUGGGAUGAAGGUGGGAGGUUGUCAAAAGGUGGUGAAGCAGAAGGAGCAGGUGCCAUUGCGCCUUUGAAGGGACCUACAGGUGAGGAUAGUGCUGCAAUGAUUGCUGCCGCAGGAGCGGUUGCUGCUAGGUUCGCUGCUGCUAAAGCUGCUGCUGCUGGGAUUGUUGCUGCAGCAGGUGAAAACCCAGGGGGGUCGGUCUUGGAGGGAGGGCGUCAAGACAAGCAGGAAGGGAAGGAAGAGAAGGAUGAGGGGGGAGGGCAAGCAGCAGCAAGCGGGGCACGGAAAUGGGCCUCGAAAUGGGAUAAGACUGGCGGAACCGGUGCUGCUAGUGCUGCUGCUCCCACUGUUGCUGCCCCUGGCCCUUCCGUAUCUGCUGCCUCUGCCUCUGCCCCUGCUGCUUCUGCCCCUGGGGCGCAGCAGCAGCAUCUCCCCCAGCAAGCGCUGGGAGGAUGGCCCCAAGGCCAGAUGGGGGGGGGAGCGGGCGGAUCAGGGGGGAGAACGUGGGGAGGAACAGGGGGAGGGGUUGCAUCGGAGGAGUAUGACCCUCUGGCUGAUUGUAUGGACUUGGGGGAUGGGGAAGAGAGUGUAGGGGGGCCGUGGCACCAGCGACAGCAACAGCAACAGCAGCAGCAGCAGCAGCAGCAGCAGCAGCAGCAGCAGCAGCAGCAGCAGCAGCAGCAGCAGCAGCAGCAGCAGGGUGGUCCAGUGCCACCUCUUACCCACCAGUUUCCAGGGCAUUCUCAGCCUUUCGUUGGCUCUUAUGCCAACAGUUCUGCCCACCAACCCCAUUUGCAAGGCCAGCCUCAGUCUGCCAUGGCUCCUCAGUUCUCUCAACAGCUACCUCCUCCCCCUCCUCCGCCUCCCCUGCUGCCACCAGCAGCACAUGCAAACCCCCCUCUUGUUUCAACCAACACAACCACCAGCACCAGUGCCCCUCUCCAUGCUUCUUCCUUCCCGCAGCUGCCCGGUGCCCCCGCCCACCCGUCUCUCUCUGCAUCUGGCCUCUCCCCUGCCUUAGCUACUGCCCUCGCGAAUGCGGCUGCUGUUGUGGCUGCAGUAGCUGUGCCAGCAGGAGCGUCAGGCUCGUCUUUUGCUCCUGCUAUGACAGCAGGGUCAGGGGCAGGCGGAGGGGCAGCCGCAGCAGCAGCAGCUGGAACAGCAGCAGGAGGAGGAGGAACAGAAACUUCUCAGGUUUCGUUGGCUAUGCUGCCGCUGCCGCCGCUGCCGCCGCUGCCACCACUUCCCCCACUGCCAGCAUCACCACCCGCUGAGUCUGAGCCCGAUGAUGUUCCUGGGGCAGAGAAUGGUGGGGCAUCUUCUGACGAGAAGGGCAAGUCAGAGGACGAUGUCUCUAUGGAAGUCGAUGGGCGGGAUGAAGAUGAGAAAGAGACUCAGAAGGAUGUGACUGGGUGGGAGAAGGGCAAGGGCGGUGAGAAGCGGAGAUCUGGGAAGAAGGAAGGGAAGAGCGGGAGCAAGCAUGGGAGCCGCAGCGGUGCGGGAGGAGGGGGGGAGGAGAAAGGGGGCGACGGGAAGAGUAAGAGCGGGUUGAGUAGUAAGCAGGCUCUGCUUAGAGUGGGGGUUGCGGAAGUGGUAAAGGACGCGCUAAAGCCUGUGUGGAAGGAGAGGGGGCUGUCUCGGGAGAUGUUCAAGACGAUUGCGAAAAAGGCUGUGGAGAAGGUGGUGGGGGCGGUGCAGGAGAAGCACCUGCCUAAGAAUGAGAAGCAGGUGCAGGCGUAUCUGAGCGAGCACAGGAAGGAACGGAUCACGUCGCUUGUCCAGGUGCGUGCGUGGGUGGGUGCUGUUGGUGCAGUGGGGAUUCGUUGUGGGUUACUUGGAUGGGGCUGUUUUUGGUGGGGGCUUUUGAUGGGCCCACCUUGGUUGUGA